AUGAGGGUGAAACGUCCUCCAGAAAUCUGCAUUGUGCUGCACCCUCAGGGAUUGAUCAGUGUUACAGACAGUCAUGUUGCUGUGGAUUUACAUGUUACUUGCCCAGCCCAGUACCCAGAUGUACCUCCAGAAAUUGAGCUGAAGAGAGCAAAAGGCCUGCCUAAUGAAAAACGCAACCGGUUGCAUGCAGAACUGGUGAAGCUAGCUAAAGAUCAUUGUGGAGAGGUGAUGAUAUUCGUCUUGGCUGAUCAUGUGCAGGCAUUUCUCAGUGAAAACAACAUUCCUCCCUCUAAAUCGUUCUAUGAGGAAAUGCUGAAGAACCAGCAGGAGCAAGAGCGGCGACUUGCACAGGAGGAAGAACGCAGGAUAGAACAGAAAAAGAAGCAAGAUGAAAAAAUGCAACGUGAAAUCCUUGAAGAAAUUCAAAGAUUAGAAGAGGAAAAGCGGGAUGCAAAGAAACUAACUCAGUUGGCCAAACAGGAGCGGCGGGAAAAUGCACAAGUGACCAUUCCAGGAAAUCCUUCCAAAAUUCCUGCUUCGAACAGGCGGUCUCCUACCAACUUAAAUGAAAAUGCAAUGGACCAAGUCGACCACCAAAAGGGAGGGAACAACCGACGUCGAACCAAUUCCAACAGCCGAUCAAAGCGAGAACGGCAAUUUUCUGUAUGUAGCAAUGACGACCGUGCCCAGCCGUGCAAGCUUAUACAUUUCAACAUGGGAUCAACUGGAGGGCGCACAGUACACAGGGGAAAGCUUAUUGGUGAGAGCGAGCAGUUGAACCGGUCAGUCUACUAUGCCUUGGAAGAAUUGACAGGAAAUUUUGUGGUAAUCUAUGAAUGGGCUCUACAGUGGCAGAAAAAAAUGGGCAAGUUCCUCACUAGUGAGGAGAAGGACAAAGUCGAAAAAUGCAGAAAGCAGAUCCAAGGUGCAGAAAGUGAGUUUAACUCUUUGUUGAAACUGAGCCACUCAAACCUGGUGCGUUACUUAACAAUGUGCUGCAAAGAGCAGGAGAACUCUAUUGUGGUCACCAUUCUCGUUGAGUAUGUUAAUAGCUUCAGCCUGUCGGAUGCUCUGAACAAAGGGACCCCCAUUGCAGUUGAACGACUCCAGCACUACGCGGCACAGCUCCUGACAGCCCUGGACUACCUCCAUAAUAACUCUGUGGUGCAUAAGGUCCUUAGUGCCUCAAGUGUUCUGGUAGAUGGGGAGGGCAAUGUGAAGUUGACAGAUUACAGCAUCUCCAAGCGGCUGGCUGACAUUUGUAAAGAGGAUGUGUUUGAACAGACUAAAGUACGAUUCAGUGAGAAUGCUCUGCCUUACAAGAGUGGUAAAAAAGGAGAUGUGUGGAGGCUAGGCCUCCUCCUGCUGGCUCUCAGCCAGGGCAGUGUUGUAAAAGAAUACCCAAUAAUUGUGCCGAGCAACCUGCCCAACGACUUUCAAGAUUUCCUCAACAAAUGUGUGUGUUUGGAGGAUAAAGCACGUUGGAGUCCCCAGCAGCUACUUGAACAUUCCUUUGUGAAGCCUCAACUGGUACCUACACCAUCGACCUGCAACGAAGACAGUCGAGAAGAUUCAGCAGGAGGAACGGAUUGUGCAGAAACUGUUAUCCCGAAUAGCCAGCUCCUCACUGCAUCUCUUUACACAGACACCCAGAAGCAGCUGUCGCGUUAUUACAAUGAGUUUGAGGAGCUACAGCUUCUGGGGGAAGGUGCCUUUGGGGCUGUCAUCAAGGUAAAGAAUAAAUUAGAUGGCUGCUGUUAUGCAGUUAAAUGCAUCCUGGUGAAUCCUUCCAGUAAACAUUUCCGCAGAAUAAAAGGUGAAGUGACACUGCUAUCACGUCUGAACCAUGAAAACAUUGUAAGGUACUACAACGCCUGGAUCGAGAAAUAUGAAAUCCAACCCGCCGCAAACCCAUCCCCAGAAGACUUGCCAGAGACUCCACCCCAAUGCGAGGUGGAUUAUCAAAACAAGCUGAUGAUCUCAGAUGACGUUGAAAAGAAUGCCCCACCCCCUGUCACAACCAGUUCCGUGGAGUGGAGCACAUCGUGUGAAAGAUCAUCGAGUGUCAAAUGCACGGAGAGGGAGUUGAGUGAUGAGGAUGAUGAAGAGGAUGUAUUUUGUGCAUCAUUUUUACCAGUUGACAUUGAUUCAGACAGUGACAUUGUCUUUGAGGAUGGCGACAGAAGCAACAGCAACAAUCCUGUGGACAUUCGAUGCCCUCUUGACUUCUCAUCCUUUUCUGAGCUGGACAGAGAAGCUACAAAUACAAAGAAUCUGGAGGAUGGCAAAAUGGAGAAGGCAGAGAUUGCAAUGGUACCUCAGACAGUACACUAUCUGUAUAUUCAGAUGGAAUAUUGUGAGAAAAGUACUUUACGAGACACAAUUGACCGGGGACUGUAUAGAGACAUCAAACGCCUCUGGAGACUGUUCAGGGAAAUUCUUGAUGGACUAGCGUAUAUCCAUGAACAGGGCAUGAUUCAUCGGGAUCUGAAACCUGUUAAUAUAUUUUUGGAUUCCAAUGAUCAUGUGAAAAUCGGAGAUUUUGGCUUAGCCACAGGUCACCUUGCUAAUACGGCAGGUGACAGACAGGAAACAGAAGCCAGUGGAUCCAUUCAUUUUAUCAAAUCUGACCCAGCAGGGAAUCUGACUGGAAUGGUUGGCACUGCUUUGUACGUGAGCCCCGAAGUACAGGGUAACACAAAAGCCUCCUAUAAUCAGAAAGUGGAUCUGUUCAGUUUGGGAAUUAUUUUCUUUGAGAUGUCUUAUCGUCCCAUGGACACAACAUCUGAAAGGAUAUCUGUUCUCAGCAAACUACGAAUGCCAACAAUUGAGUUUCCUGAAGAUUUUGAUGAAGAAAGAUGUUCAAAACAGAGAUUGAUAGUCGGCUGGCUGUUAAAUCAUGACCCAGCAAAACGUCCCACCGCAGUAGAGUUGCUGAAAAGCAAGCAUCUUCCCCCACCCCAGAUGGAGGAAUCGGAACUCCAUGAAAUGCUGCACCACGCACUGGCGAAUACCAGUAGCAAAGUUUACCGGACUCUGGUCACCCAAAUCUUCUCCCAGCAUAUCACCCCUGCCAUGGAUUUCACCUAUGAUAUUGAUGUUCACAAGGGCAGUUUUUCAACGCACCAUGCCAUGCUCCGGCACUUUGUACAUGAGACUGUGUGUCGUGUAUUCAAAAGGCAUGGAGCUACCUGGUUGCACACGCCGCUAUUUAUGCCAAAGAACAAGAAGUUGUAUGAGGGUAGUGAGGGAGCCUAUUUCAUGGAUCAUAGUGGCAUGCUGGUCAUGCUUCCACACGACCUCCGGGUGCCUUUUGCUAGGUUUGUGGCAAGAAACAACAUCACUAGUUUAAAAAGGUACUGUAUUGAACGGGUAUUCAGACCCCGAAAGCUGGACCGCAGUCACCCUCGAGAGCUCUUGGAAUGUGCAUUUGACAUUGUCACACCAAUCACAAACAACCUACUGCCAGAUGCAGAGGUGAUCUACACAGUUUUCGAAAUUAUUCAGGAGUUUCCUGUACUACAGGAGCUCAACUAUAGCAUCUAUCUCAACCACACCAGCCUGUUGAAGGCAGUGCUGUUGUACUGUGGGAUGCCGGAAGACAAAUUCCAGCCAGUAUGUAACAUCCUGUGUGAUUCUAUGAUGGGGAAACUGACCAAGCAAGAGGUAGAAGCCAAGUUCUGCAACCUGUCACUGUCACAGAAUGAUCUGUUGCACCUAUAUAAAUAUACUGAGAAAAAGCUGGAUCUUAAAGACCUGAGAGAGGUACUGAAACCUCUGAUGAAGGGGAAGAUAGCUGUUUGCCAGCUGGUAAAACAGGCCAUAAAGGAGCUUGAGGAAGUUACAGAACUCCUGAAGAAACUUGAUGUCAAACUAAAGGUUGUGGUUAACCUGGGCCUUGUCUACAAGGUGCAGCAGCACAGUGGAGUAAUUUUUCAGUUUGUAGCACUCGUGAAGCGGCGACAUCAUAUUGUGCCAGAUAUUUUGGCAGCUGGAGGGAGGUAUGACAGUCUGAUCCUUGAGUUUCAGAAACCACAGGUUGUGGGACCACUGCCCUCUGCUGUAGGAGUCAGCCUUGCCUUGGAUAAAAUUUACGCCCUUUGUAACUCAUCUGAGCAGCCUGCUAUCUGUGAGAUCCUGGUGGUUGCCGUUGGGAGUGUGUCACUGGACAGAGCCAUUGGCCUCAUUCUACAAUUGUGGAAAUCUGGCAUAAAAGCUGAGUUGCUGCACAACGUCACCCAGGAAGAAGCUCAGGAGCAUUGCAAACAGGUUGGAAUCAGUUACUCCGUCCUUAUCUCUGAUAAGGAGAGCAAACAUGUGAAGGUGCGAUCGUUCGAAAAGGACAAGCAAACUGAAAAACGAAUUCUGGAAGUGGAGGUAGUGGAGCACUUAAAGAAAAUCAAAUCUAAAAUCUCGGAGGAAAAGAGCAAUAGGGAAACUCCAGAGAGCCCCUCCUCUCAGAACCUGAAAGGGUCGCUCAGCAGUUCUACAGGACCUUUUGAAUCACAUGCAAGCUCCGUAGUGCCAAAUUUUAAUUUAAUUUCACCUGAAAAACUGUCAGCAAGCAUGAAACGGCGAUACGAGGAAAAGGUUCUCUCAAGACUUCAAACCUUUGUUAAUAACCUGCAGCAGAAAAGCAAUGACAUUGAGGUUUUAGCGGUUGACUUAUCGAAGGAAACUCUGAUCAGCUUCUUAUCGCUUGAGUACGGUGGAGAUGAGCAAACAUUCAAUGUCAGUGUGCAACACCUGCUUUCUCGGUCAACUAAACAGCGCUAUCUGAAAUCCAUCUGUGACCAAAUCCACCAUUUUAAGUUGAUCAAGAGAGUGUCCUGCCUAGUCCUGUACAGUUACAGAGACGACUACUACAGGAUUCUAUUCUAGUAAAGCUCAGUGUUUGACAUUUGUCCAGAACGGUUGUUCUGACCAAGGGAAUUGUACCCGUGGAGUUCACGAACUGGAUAUCAGUUGGAGUUAUUUGAAUCAAGAGAAAUUCUUCCAUCCAGCUGUGUAGUUAUGUCAGACAACGUGAUAAACCAUGUACCAUCAAGUCAGCACUCCUUGAGAUUAUGUUCUCAGCCCUGCACUUUCACUCAGUUUCUCCAACACUGUGCCCCACCCCUGCCAAAGCAAAGGUGAUGACUGUGAAAUGUCCUGUGUAGUUGUUUUACCAGUGGGGACACCAGCAGGCUGUUUGCUAAUGUAGUUUUCUGAGUGGUGCAUCCUUGUAGAUAUAAGAAUUGGAGUUUAAAAUAACUGAGGAUCUUUUCAUGCUGUAAGUACUUGGCACUUUGCUGAUUGAGACACGUGUUACCAAGAGGCAAACUGUUUAAUAUUGGUUUGAAAUGUGUUAAUGAGCAGUUCCUUUGUUGUUUUUCCACUGUAUUAUAGUUUAUUUCUUCACAUGCCUCUGUAGAUUAUCUGCUCCACCCACUCUUCCCCAAUCAGGUAGUCUUAAGCUGAAUAUGGUCACACACCAGCCCCCUGAGAGAUAUUGUACUUCUGUGCUGUCAGCUGAGGGAAGCUUGAGGUUCUGAACAGCCAUUUUCAUUCAGGUCUCAGCCAGUGCUUGCAGUUAAACUUUGAGCCUGCAGUAUUGUCACAUAUUCAAACACACUGCUGUUUCUAGCUGCAGCUUUCCACUCAGGUCAUGCAGACUAUUUGAAUUACAAAAUGACGUGCUUGAAUUGAAGAAAAAAGUGCCUUUUAAAUUUAUCAAUUUCUAGACAAGGUCCAACAAUUAGUCACCAUUAUCAAUUUGAUCCUGGGUCCUAAGUGAAUUGAGACUGUACUGAAUUUCAAGGAUCCAUGCUGUUUAACUAAUCUGCCAGUGACUACACUGAUUGAUUGCAUGAGAGGAAUUUUCUUUGCACAUACAGUUCAGUUAAAAUCAUGGCAUAUAAAUUUAAACCAUAAUGUUCCCUAGCCCGUGAAUACAUUAAUGUACAGGAGAGGAUUUUUAACACAUGUGGUUUAGUUAAAAAUCAUGGUGUCUGAAUAGUGUUCCUUAACCAAAAGCUAAUCUCCAUCUUCAGUCAAUGUCAGUCAUUGGCUGAGCUCUGGCACAUUCAGACUGAUUUGUCUUGUCCUCUGAAUCUAUUCACUUUGCAGCUCCUUUACGUGUGGCUUGCUGAAUGUAGCCUUCCAUCACUGCCACUAAUCAGACUAAGUCUGGGAACAAUGCUAAAGCUAAACUUGUGACUUGAAUGUUCCCUGGGUACUUAAACGUAUUAAAGUUUGAUCAUGGCUAAUGUUCAGUUUCAAAAUUGUUUACCUGUUUUCAUGGUAUUUCAUUAUUGACUAUUUGUAUUUCACUUCAGGUGUUCUUCCUGCUUUCGUGCUGAAGAGAGGAGGAGGACACCUAAUCAAGGGUAAAAGGAAAUGGGCCCUGAGAUUUAACUGGGGCAUUCCCCAGUUUCCUGGUGUAACUUGGCAGUGGCUAAGUGGGAUUAAUACAGUUUUUACAGUCUAGGAAGAAGUCGUUUGGCCCAUUACUUUUAGGACAGCAUUCUCAGUACACCAAUCCAGUCAGUCCCAUCCUGCUCUUUAUUUUUAAAAGAAUAACCAAAAUGUUUAGAAAACUUAGAUAAAAUCAAGGCCAGUGGACUCCACAUGCUCCCUUUCCACAGACACGAGUAGGGAAGUAUUUUAGAAGAAAGACAGAUAGACAUCCUCAGAGCCCAUUGUAUCCCUGCACAUUUUAAUUCCCUCAAAUGCUAGUCUAGUUACUUUUGAAAUUGCUUCCACUCCUGUAACAGGCAGUGUUUUAUAGGUUAUUACUGUUCACAAAGUUCUUCCUCAUGUCCCCAGACUUCUUGUCCAAAAUCUAAAAUCUGUGUUCCUUCAUCCUUAUAUCAUCCCUUCAUGGGAACAGCUUUAGAUAAGGCGGACAUUCUGAGAUGCCUGUAUCAAAUCACCUUAUACUGAGCAGAUUAGAAUACUUUGUUCUUUGUUAGGAAAUUUUGUUUAUCAAGACCUUAAGUAAUUCUGAUACUGUGAAUUUUAGAAAAACCUAUAGUGAAAACAAACAAAUCUCUAUGUAUGUGAGAUACCUGUCUCCUGAACUUUCUCUGUAUCCCAUCACUUGUUGGUUUUGUUCAUGAGUGAAGGAAGAGAUAAUGCUGGUUGACUUAAUUUAAUCUGUUAUCAAACCCAGCCCAUUCUGUAAAUGGCUCUAUAUAACUUGCGCCUGUCCUGAACAAUCUGAUGAGUAAAGUUAAUGUACAAACACCAAUGUUUUAAUGAAAAAAAUCCCACUAUACCGUCAUGCUUCAUCAACAUAAUCUUAAUUUAAAUUAAGCUUUUUGUACAUCCAAACUAACAUCCAUUGAAUUUUGAAACUUUGUUCUUUGCUAUGUUCCUCUAAUCUUAUUCCUAAUAUGCUCAUCAGGAUUCAAUACAUCAUCUCUAUCAAAUAGCAGACCGUUUUUCUUGAAAUUAUAUUUCUCGAUUUCCCCCAUGUUAAACAUCCUCACAAAAUCUUCCAUUUCAAUAAAAUCACCAAUCUUACCUCAUAAGACAACCCCUUCAACUCAGGAAUGUGCCAAGUGAACCUUUUCUGAACUGUUUCAAAUAUGUGUCUCCUUAUUUAGAUCUAGAUCUUAUUUAAGGAGGAAUACCAAAGCCAUAAACAGUAAGAUGUCGGUAUCUUAGUAUUCUAUUCCAUCUAUCUUCCUAAUUACUUGCUGUUCCCACAUGUUAAAUGUUUGGCAUUUGUUUCAAUGAUAUUUCCUUCAUUAAACUCCAUCUGUGAAAUUUCUGUCCACUCCCUUAACAUGUUUAUAUCCCUUUGUAGACUCUCUCACGCUUUCCUACUACUUUUGUAUUUCCAGCAACUUUGUCUUCAGCCAAGUCAUCAAUGUAGACUGUAGACCAGUUAUGACCAAAUCACUGAUUCCCUGUGGCAGACUGCUGGCUGUAGUUUGCACCUACUCCAGAAGUGUGUAAUAACAGCUAUGAACAGGUUAAUUAGAAAAUAUCCAGUAAAUUAUUUCAAUAGGUAAAUCUAAAGAAAAUAGUGUUUUACAGAGAGGGCACUACAUGUUUCUCAAUCAAUUCUGGGAGUACUUUCUAUUGACGAGAGGAACAACAUCAUAAAUGCCAACAAACAAUUUAUUCAAACAUUUAUAAUUCAGACGUAAGUGGCAAUAACCUAAUGAACUGAGAAUCUAAGCAUACAAUAAUUUUUCUGUUGUAGAUAAUGGAAAACUGUGGCUGAUUGAGUUUUUUCUUGACAAAUGGUAUGUUGGAGCAGAUGCCUGUAGACACAAAAUACGUGAAUUGUUUAAAUGUGAAUUACAUUAGGAAAGAAAGAAACUGCUUUCUUUUUAGGUAAUGUUUGGUCACGAAUAGAAGGAAUAAAAGGUGACGGUACUGUAAAA